GGUGAACGGAACUGAACGGACAUCUUUACGAGUUUUUUCAAUAAAAGCCCAUCAUUUUAAUUUACCAUCCACUUUUAUUACGCUAUGGGAUUCGUUCGUGCUCUUGUUCGUCCUGCUGAGAAUGUUAUUCGCCCACGCGAGGUGGCGAGUCGUAUUUUCUGGCAGAAACCCUCCCACAUUCCAACCUACAUUCGCGGAAAGGGCGAUGCGCUUUGGUAUGCUGUAACGGUUGCGGGUAUCACUGUUGGACUCGGGACCGCUCUCAUUGAAGCCAACCAGUUGAUCAAGGGGAAGCAGUAAAGGGUUAGUUAGAUGUGCAUGGUGUAGAGUGUAGAGGGGAAGCUGCAAGGAAAUCAAACAGAGGUUGCUUUAUUGGUGUAUUGACGAGACCUCAUACCCACUGAACCCCCCGUCUGAGCCGUGUUGUUUUGUGUAUGUUUUCUCUGUUGCAUUUCUGUCAUGAUGCACGACACGGAUCCAAAAGCCCUUGAAUGAUGCACUGAAACGAUCCAUCUUUCUAUAUGCACAAAAGAAACUAUACAAAAAUGCACCACUAAUAAACAUGCUAAAAUGUUGGUUGCCGACACA